GCGAGAUAUAAGAUGUAGCAGGUCGUGUCUCCAGCCACUUCGACCUCAUCUCCUGAUCUGACACCAUCGGGAAGAACGAACGUCCAAAUCCGCGAUGGCCAGUUUACUCAAGUUCCCCCUCCUCGUCAUCGCCGUUUUCUUCCUCGCAGCCUACGGGAGCGCCCUCGAUGGCCCCGACGCCGACUUCGACAUUCCCAGAGAACUGGACCAGCUGUUGAUCCCGGUCUCCACCCUCGUCGGCAUCCCCCCCUCCGAGGACCAGCUGCCUUCGGGAGUCACUCUCUCCCCCAGCGGCUUCUCCAAGAGGUCGCCCAGGCGGUUCCGCACCUCCUCCAGCGCUGACGAGUACCACGUGUGCACGCCAAGCCGCCACGAGGUGAUCCGUCUCCUGCUGGCGCUGCACGAGGCUCGCCAAGGUCGCAACAUGGACAGGAUCAUCCAGCUCUGCAACAGGCAUUCGAACGCCGCCGGAAUCGACACCAACAUCCGCUUCCUGGGCUAAAAAAAACAAAGCCCGGAAGAUAGAGAUGAAGAUGAAGACGGAAAAAAUAGGUGAAGAGGCACAGCUUGUAGGCCAGUUGUGAACUGUUUAUUUGUUACGAGCCAUAUUGGGACUUUUGGACGAGGGAUUUCCGUGUUUUUGUCGAUUUUUCGAACGGCAUUUACUUCUAAAAUGCUGCUCUUGUAUACAAAUGAAUUUUUUUUUUAAUCACCCCAAGAUGGUGCAUCGUGAUGUUUACCAUUAUGAACAAAAUUGGACAUUAUUAAUGUAUAUAAUAAAGCAUUUCAUGAUUAGAUUUAAUAAAACAUUGUUGGUCA